AUGCAAGUUAUUCGUGUGGUUGCAUUGUUGGGCGCUCUUCUAGCACUGUCGGAAUGUGUUCCAGUGGAGCCGAUGGAUUCGAACCAGGACGCUGAGUUGAUUGGCUACGAAAGUGUUCAGGGUCAGGAAAUGUAUCGAUUUAAAUAUGAAACCAGUGACGGACAGUUUCGAGAAGAAGUUGGUAUGCUGGUGAACGUUGGUACGCCAGAGCAGGAGCUGAUGGUGAUGGGACAGUACGGAUUUAAAAGCAAGGACGGUGGUACGAUGGUAAUGGUCAUGUAUACCAGUGGCAAGAAGGGCUAUCGUGCGCGGACAGUGACGAGAAGUGCACGGGAUGCUGACUUAAGGAAUAAAGCAUUCCUAUCGUUGUUGAUGGGAUGA